AUGAACGCUUUGGAUGUUAGUGAACUUCUAUCUUUGAUAGAUAAUGGGGUCAAAGAUCUUGCGUCCAGUGAGCGAACUAUUCAAGCAAUUAAUGAGUUUCAAUCCGACCCACUUGUACUAGAUAACAGAUUACCGGACUAUAUUGCCGAUUUGACUAGAGGCGUGUUGGAAAAGUCGAGUGAAGAGCAGUAUGCUAUCAGCGAAAUAUUCUAUAACUUUUGCAAGGUAUGCACCUGGAAAAAAGUUCGAAGGCAGUUAAAUCCAGAUAUAUACCAUUUACCGACGGUUUUAGGCUUACUGAAAGAAGAGCAUAAUUCUGAGAAGCAUUGGAAAUUCCACUACUUAUGUUUAAUAUGGCUGAGUUUACUGUCAAUGUCUCCUUUUAAGCUUGAGAAUGGACCUGAGGUUUACGAAGUUGCAAAUACCUUUCAGUCGUCUCCAUUAUUUAAACCAGUUAUUAGUUCAAUACAUUCUGAACUUUUCAUUAGAAAUAAGGAGUUAUUUUGGGAACACCUAGCAGCUGGUGAUAUUGAAAUUACAGCCUUAAGAAUGAUGCUCAAACACCUGGCUGCAUCUAGUUUGCAAGUCCAAAUAGAAUUCAUUACUGAGGAAUUUCUGAACGAAAUUGUACAUAAGGUUGUGAAUGAGCAUUUUGAUACAGAGGAACAGGGAAUCGAAGUGAUAAAAAUGCUACCUAAGUUAUGUCAUUUACAACUAGGAAGGGGUAAUUGGGACUCUGUUGAAGAGCUGAUUUCUUUCUUCUUUAUGCAUAUUGGUCGACCUUUCACAGAAUUUCGGUACAAAUUAGCUAGGAAUCUUGGGAAGAUCGUCAACAGCAUUAAUAAGUAUGAUCCUAAUUUAUCUCUAGAGUUGGUAGAAUCUGUUUUGAAUGAUACUGUUGAAUUAAUUGACAACCAAGCCUCAGAUGCAAUUGACAUUGACAUGUUGCAUAGUUAUCUACUAAUCCUUGCUGAACUUGCAAGAUUCAAGUUAUUACAGAAAGAGCAUUUGCAAUUAAUCAAUGAUAAAGUGAUUCCGAGAACAAUUUCAUUUCAGCAACUCCGGAUGUCUAGCAUCAUGGGACAACGUAUAAGAGAUGCUACUAAUUACAUUUGCUGGUCAAUUGCAAGAAAUGUGACUGAUAUACCGCAUGAUAUUAAUAGAUCUCUUACAUUCUCACUCCUAAUGAACUCAAUGACAGAUUACGAUCAUGUGAUUAGAAGAUCAUCUAGUGCAGCUUUACAGGAGUUAAUUGGUAGACAUGGAUUUAGAAUAAUGAACCAUGCUAUAAUAGUCAAAAUUGUCGAAUUACCGGUGUCAAAUCUAAGCAAUUGCUUUGAAGAAAACCUGAUAAAUAUUAUUAAUGGUUUUGGAGCCGAGCCAGAAUGCAUUGGUUUUAUUCUGGAUUGGUUACUGAAUAUUACUAUUCUUCAGAACUACCACAUCCCAACUGUUAAACAUGCAUGCAAAACCUUCUCCAAGGUAUAUACCCAUAAAGGAGAGUAUAAAGAUAUUGUAAAAAAGAGAAUACUGGAUUUUGGUAUUAGAGCUAAAGUAGAUGCCUUUAACGGAAGCAAAUUUAUAUACCUUUUCAACACACUACCAGUUGAGGUUCAAGAAAAGGAAGGUUUAACAUUAUCUGUUCAGUGCUUUGGCCGCCUUCUCGAAAAUAAGGUGACAGCUACAGGAUCUGCUAUUCAGGAAUUUAAAAUACUAUGCUACUUGAAAUUUGUUGCCCAAUAUCCGGACUAUGUCUUUGAUGAGGAAGCGGUUACUUACCUUUUUCAACUAAUUAGGAUUAUCCAAGACACAGACCAGGACUUCGAAGAAAUAGGUAAGCUGUACAAUACUUUGAUAGCAGCAGCAUCGGCUAAAGGUGAUACAAUGUUUAAGGAUGCCUCCUCCAAGUCUUUGUUCUGGGAGACAUUCUAUAAAUUUGUUAGAUUUAACAAUACAUUGUCAUGCUCGGCACUUCCCAAUGUCAGCCCCUCCAUGUUUAAGCAAUGUUUCUACCAAUUGGUGCCUAGCAUGGACUGCAACUCUAAAGCGACAUUGAUUGAUACAGUGAGAGAGGACAUCUCGAAGGUUAAGUCAAUGGACCUUCUUUAUGAUAUAUUAGAUUUACUUGAUGACUAUACAAUAACAGAGAGGGGAGAUGUUGGCCGGAUAGUCAGGACUAGCGUAGCAAGACUUAUUCAAAAGCACUUAUCACAGUUCACAACGGACCCAAAAAUGAAAGAAAAGUGUUCCAAUAAAUUGCUACGACUAAUUGGCGAAACCCAGGAUGAACUAAAACAAUUGAGUUUCACUAUCCUGAAAACAAUGUACAAUACCUCAUACGAUGAUGAUUUAGGAUCUUUUAAUGCCAACAUAUUACAAUUUUAUCACUCAAACUUCAAAGGAAAUCGUGAAUUUUGGAAGGGAUACAUCAUGUCUGCAGGUGCAAUUCAUUCCACUGAUAAACAGAUAACGUCGGCUAUUGAUGAGUUUUUGAGAUAUUAUGCUACCUUAACAGAAGAAGAACAAUUAGAGCUAACAAACGAGCUCAUUAGGAUAGUGCCUUCAGCAAAAGAACUGCAGGAUAUUAAAGCCAAUGGAAUCAAGCAAAGCAUACUAGGCGGAACUUCAAGAGAGAUAACAAAGCAAACUAUAACAAUGGUCACUUUCUGGCAUAGAAUUUUCGAGUCAGGGAUUAAAAUUCACCCUCAGUUCAAUUUUAAAGGUGUGUUUGCGAAGUUUUACAACUUACAACUGAGCAAGCAAUCAUCCUCAUUACGACUAGCUAUUAUCCGAAUAUUUCCAUUACUGUCCAGCUCUCAUAGCUUGAACACCAAAGAUAGAGUAGCAUCGAUAGAAUUCACCAAUACCGUCCUCAAGACAUUAUGGAAGAUGACAACUGCCAUCAAAACUCCUGGAGCCCUCAGUACUUUACAGUGCACUGCGUUGAAUUCAAUAGCUGUAAUUUUGUUAGAACAUGAAAAAGCAGAGCUUGCUAAAAAACUACUUUCUAACACUGUAGGGACCAAACCAGAUCUCAAUGGCCUUGAGGUCAAAGAACUACUCAUUGCCUAA